AUGCAAUAUGCUAUCCCGCCUAAAAACCCAAUCGAGCCCGAACAAGUGGCCACGAUCAUGUUGUCUUGGUACGGCCUAGAGCUAGUCUCCAGCCGAAAGAUCCAAACCCUAUGGGCGGGUUACGGAUUCAUCUACGAGAUUACUGCUCGCGCCACCAGCGAAGAAAUUGCAGAUGAGCUUCAAAGAGCUUGCCGCCUCGACUCGGCCGUAGAAUCUUUCCCCCUCAUACUCAAGUUCAUCGCACCCCCGCCCCGGCAGCUAGGCCGUGAGGACGAGGGGCAUCUGCGCAAGGUGUUGAGCUAUGAGGUUGAGCAGUGCUUUUAUAGCGACGUUGCGCCUGGCCUGGGGAGCGCGACGGCGGUGGCGCAUUGUGUUGCCUCAACGCGAGAUUCGCGCGGGAGACCUGGUGCGGAGCGGCUGGAUGGUGUGACUGCGACGAUUAUGACGGAUCUACGACCUCGAUACCCCGUGGCGGGCGAGAAGAGGUCGGAGCUGAACGAAUUGCAAGUCCACGCCGCGCUAGACUGGCUAUCUAGCUUCCACAGGUCCACUCGUAAGCUAGUCCCCCGGGAUCUCCGCGAGUUCCUGCUGCCGCCUCUCGACGAGGCCAAGAGAAGGCGGGGCGGCGAUCUCUCAGGGACUAAGUUGUGGUUGAAUGGGGGUUACACGUACCUCUCCACGCGCCGGAAAGAGUAUGCUUCCCUUGCCGAAGACGAGUACUCGGAGUGGUCACCUGUGCUUUGCGCGCCGACGACUCCAGGGCGGCAAUCCAUCGCUGAGAUGGUGGCGAGCUUUUUGACGCCCCGUGGUCGCGACUGCGAAACCCUUAUCCACGGCGACGUCAAGUCGGAGAACUUGUUCACCACCAACACCGGACGCGAAGUUGCGUUCUUUGAUUUUCAGUACGUGGGCGUCGGCCUCGGCGCUUGCGACUUGGCCAAGCUCUUUACGUGCUCGGUUCCCAUGACCUUGCUCACGGACGGCGACGGUGACGUGGCGGAGGCGGCCCCGAUGAGUCAAGGUGAGAAGAGUUUGCUCGCUUACUACCAUUUUAAACUGGUAGACGGUUUCAAAGAUUCCGAGGGCGGUUUAAUAGAAUACAGGUGGGAGGAUUUUGUUCGGCAUUGGGAAACUGCGCUGGUCGACUGGCUGAGAUUCCAGGCUUCGUGGGGGUUCUGGGGUAAUACGGAGUGGCUGGAGGCUAGAGUUAGAUUCAUUUUGAAAGAUCGGCAGUGGAGAGACUGGCUUCAGGGAAACUGA